UUUGCUCGAACUUGCUCUCUGUGAAUACACUGCUAUCACACAUAGUCACUGUACAGUAUCAAUGAGCAGCAUUUUACCUCAAGCUACAGCAUAAGAACAAACUGACUGCAUUGUUCUUAUGCUUCAGGGUCGCAGAGCAUGAAACGUCACACUUUCUUCGAACAGCAUUGUACUCCAGUAGAUAUCGUCUGCACCGAAAUCACAUUUGUAUGAACAAGUUAUUAUGGUGAAACUUCAGCGUUCGGCGAUGGAGUGAUGAGAGCAAUCGCUAGACCACAAUAGAGAGCAGAUAGGAAAUAUGUGUAGUGUCAAGGAACCACAGCUUUCAUAGAGUGCACAUCCAGGGAUUACUCUACACUUUAUUUGCAUUAAAUGACAAAUUUAUUUUACGGAACGCUGAGUGAGUAACGCUCGGUGGAGAAGAGUACCAAUUGACGAUCACGGAGGAUUCAAGACCGUGAAAGUUUUGCAUCUUGUUUAAGGUUGCUUGAUGUAAAAGCUUGGCGAUGAUUCAACGAUUGUCUUUGCUAGGACCUGAGAAUUUCAACUUACGACGUUCACUUGCUCAUUUGCAAUUUUUCACGGCGGAGGAGCGCAUCGCGAGAUUGCUGGAUGUUAAUUUCAUUCUAAGAUGAAGCGAAUGGAAACGAAGUGUGAGAAGCGACGGACGACGUUCAUCAUUGUUCACUGAAAGGGAGAGUGCGUUAUGGCCAUUACUUCGGGAUUGUGAAUCCGAUGAAGGCAAAUGUUGAGACGCAGCAGAGCAACACAGUGCCUGGGAAGUUGCGGUUACAUCGAGAAUUCUUCAGGUGGCUUGCGAUAUCGUAGGUAGAGCUCAUGCCUGGCUUAGGUAUGCGUCCCGCACACGUCCUAUCGAGCUCAUAUCCUCUUUCUCAGCUCUUCCGAUUGCAUCUCUUUCCUGGAGGCUCUACCUUUUACUCCUGCUCUCAUUUCUACUCAAUUUCAAACUUUGGAGCUUGCGAAGCAGUCCGCCAUGGUGUUGUAACGAAAGCUCUGCCUCAACACCGCAGGAAUGCGACGAAAUUGAUUCGUCCUCUUUCCUCCCAUACCUUAAGAUAUUCUGAGCCGUGGCAUUCGCCAAAUGCAUUGAUCACCUUUCUUAUUUUCGGAUCGCACGGGAAGGGAAUUGCGUCUUUGAAAAAUCAGGCGCAAGAUGACGCAACCGCAGCAUCGACUACUACCUCCAGCAGCUACACAACCCUAGCACAGCCAUGCAUGUAUACAUUGGAAGUGAAGAAAAGUAAGUUUAUCGCGGCUGCGACCUCAGUGGAGGACGAAGCAGCUGCAUUAUCCUUUCUCUCCCAGGUGCGUGAUACAAGCGCUUCUCACAACUGCUGGGCUUUCAAGAUUGGGGACCGUACACGCUUCAGUGACGAUGGAGAGCCUGGAGGGACAGCUGGACGGCCCAUGCUCGCUGCAAUUACCUCCUCUGGGAUUGAUCAUGUCAUGGUGGUUGUUACUCGGUUUUUUGGUGGGACAAAGUUAGGAACUGGAGGGUUGGUAAGGGCAUAUGGAAAGGUGACAACUGAUUGCCUUAAGGAAGCAGAAACUAUUAUCGUCAAGGCUAAGGUGUAUUUGAAAAUUCGUGCGCCAUACGACGUCCUUGGUGUACUUUACCCUCUUCUCCAAGCGUAUGAUGUCCGGAAGCUUGACGAGGUUUAUGACACUCAAGGAGAGGGGGGUGUAACGAUGGACUUGAUGGUCAACGCCGAAAACUUGCGGCCUUUUGAAAGAGAUUUAGAGACUAACACUAAAGGUCGUGCAUCUGUGUCAGAUGUGCACCAACGUUCAUGAUUUAUUGUGGUUGGAUCUUUGGAAGAAGUUGAAAAAGAAAUAACUGCCAAAACUCAAUGUGGUUCAAUUUCAAUGGCAACCAUUCGUCGAAGGUACAUGAAGUUCCUUCUUCUCUUAUCACCUUUAGAAAACCCUGUAUUUGCAACCAGAGUAGUGAGCACAGAAGUUCAGAAACUCACGAUUGCAUUCCUCAAAUUCUGCCCGAGAAGCCAGAUUACGAGGAUUUUAUCUGGAUGACUGAACGUCUGAACAUGUUCUUUAAGUCUGAACACGGCAGAGAAUGGAACACUAGUGGCAGGCCAUUUUUUUUGUUUUUUAAUUAAUUGAGUGUAAUCGGUAUGCGGAUGUUCAGGAAUGAUCACAGGAAUUACAGAUGAACACCCUCAGCAACCUUGAUUCCUAAAUUUUGAUAGUUUAUCUGCACCUGACACGCCCAUGACACAGUUGAAUUGGUUCAUACUAGUGUAACGCUGCCUGCAACUUGAUGACGUGUACAUUUUUAUUUAAUUAGUUAUUUCCCGAUUGAAUGGUUAAUAAUUUUCCAUUCCUCUAGGCAUUUCCAUCCUAUGCUUCGGUAAUUUCUGCAAGUAUUGAACUAUGGUCACUUUUGUUGGUUUAUUCAAAUAUGUCCAAUGUUAUAUUUGCUGAUUUGAAGUGGGCCAAGAAAUAUGAAAAUCAUAUUUUGUGUUGAAAUGAAAGUUUUUCACUUUCAUAUAUUAAUCCACAUUUGGUCUAAGAGUUA